ACCGGGAGGCAAGCCAGCGGGGCUGGUUAAAUGUUUGCCGGCUGAAGAUGUCCCAGAAAGACAGUGUGUGUUCCCGCUCCUAUUUCGUGGUUGUCAUGGUGUUUGUGCACGUUUACAUCCUCAAUGUGAUGGCCUUGCUGCUGUACGUCUACUAUACCAGCGAGAGCGCGCACUCGACCACCGACAGCGGCGCGCCCCCGACCACCGUGCAGGGCGCGGGCCCGCCGCAGGGACAGCUGCUCCCCACAGCGCCCGAGCCCGAGCCCGAGCCCGAGCCCGAGCCCGCCCCCCCGCGACUGCAGGACAGCGCGCUCGGCCGCCUGCACCGGCUGGAGGGCAUCAAGGUUGGUCACCUGCAGAAAGUGGAUCUUGUCCCGAACAAAGUACAUUACUUGAAAACGCUGAGCUUAAAACCUCUUCUUUUUGAAAUUGCUAACUUCCUUUCAGAGGAAGAAUGUAAACUAGUCAUCCAUCUAGCAAAGUUGAAGGGUCUCCAGGAGAGCCAGAUUAUGCCAUCUGAUCUUCAACAGGAAGCUAUCGAUGAGAUGGAUAUCAGCAAGGAGGAAAUCUUCAACCUACUUGACUACAAUCAGGAUGGGCAGCUACAGAUGAAAGAGGUUUUGACACAUACACGCUUUGGUGAUGGUGUCUGGAUUACUCCUGAAAAUGUUCGGGAGAUCUACACAGGACUUGAGGCUGACCCUGAUGGAAAUGGUUUGCUAAGCCUGGAGGAGUUUAAACAACUUAACACAAAUGCUUUCCAAACAUACCUGCGACAGCGUGGGGUGCAGAAGACAGAGUUGGUUCGCAACAGCAAGCACACGUGGCUAUACCAGGGUGAAGGGGCACACCAGAUCCUAAGAACUGUUCGACGUAGGGUGAUCAGAUUGACACAGUUACCUCCAGAGAUAGUAGAGCACAGUGAGCCACUGCAGGUGGUGAAGUAUGAUCAAGGAGGGCACUAUCAUGCGCAUCAUGACAGCGGACCAAUCUACGCAGAGACAAGCUGCUUCCACACAAAGCUGGUAGCAAAUGGAUCCACUCCAUUAGAAACCUCCUGCCGGUAUGUGACAGUGCUGUUUUAUUUGAACAAUGUUUCUGGAGGAGGGGAGACUGCUUUUCCUGUAGCAGACAAUAGAACCUAUGAUGAACUGUCUUUAAUCCAGAAUGAAGUGGAUUUACGAGAUACACGCCGAAACUGUGACCGAGCUAAUCUACUGGUGAAGCCUGUGCAAGGCACUGCUCUCUUCUGGUACAACUACCUCUCUGAUGGUGAAGGCUGGGUGGGAGAGCAAGACGAGUACUCCCUGCAUGGCGGCUGUGUUGUCACCCGAGGAACCAAAUGGAUCGCUAACAACUGGAUCAACAUCGACCCGGAUGUGCAGCGUCAAAUCCAGUUCCAGCAGGCAAUUUCCAAAUACACUAAUAAAGAAACUCCUGCGGAGUGGGCGGUUGAUAACAUUUAUCAAGAUUUGCAUGUGGAGCUGUAAAUCUUCCAAAGCAGAAUGCCUUUGAAUGCUUAAUGUGGACAAAUGUCCUUAUUUAUUCGUCCAUCCUCGAUCAGGGUUUAGAAAGAAAAAAAAUGUUGUGAUCAAUUGCCUUUGGUCAUGAAUGUUUAAAUUUACCUUCAGCUUCCAUGGUAAAUGCUGGCAGGCUGUUUGACCGCAUGUUGUAUCACAGCCCAGCCUGAUCCUGUCCCUGCCUGACGUGCGCUUUGGAACAUGGAUCAAUGGCUAAUGAUUAGAAGUGGCUUCAAGCCAUCUUGUUUUUGAUACUUUAUUCUUUCCAUUUCACCUUUUACCUGCUCAGCCCCGGCUAAGAAGUUGGGCAGGUAGCUCAGUUGUUCGCACACCUCUUACCAGGAGCGUGUCUCGAGGGUGAUGGACUUUUUAUGGUUCUGACAGAGAGUCGCACCCAAAAUGUUAAUGUGGUUCUGGGAUUUGAUGUUGUGUAUUUCCAGCAUUUUGUUUUUAUUUCAGGUUUCCUGCUUUCACACCUUUUUUCAAUUCUUUUUACAAUUCACUGUUCCUCCUUUUGACAAAACAUCUCAAUUUUUCUCAGUGUACUCCAAUAAACGCUGAGUGUGUUUCCCCAGGGAAUUAAGCCCUAUAGGCUCGGAAUUUCCCAGCUUCAACCCUUGAUCUGUGCUGUGUUCACUGGUCUGUCAGCACGAUGGUGGGAGUUAUAGUUGGCUUUAUCGUGACUGCUUCCUGGUUUCUAUGUGGCAAAUUUGACUGGAAGUCAGUGUCCCUGUGGACAAAGUGCAAGGAUUGGAUUUUAUUGUGAUGACCUUGCUUUUUGAAUAGCUUGCCAUCACCCCCUAAGCUCAGGUGAAGAAUGGCUACUUCAGCCAGUGACUAGAAGGCAUAGAAUGCUCCUGGAGCCACAUUCUAGCAAGUAACUGAGAUCUUCAGGAGAGGAGCAAAUCACGAAGGGGCUUUGAUAUGAUUUUGUUUAAUAGGGACUUGACAGAAUAGAGCUGCUUCCAAUAACUCUCAGCCGUGGACCUCUAUCUUACUCCCACUUCACCGCGUCCUUGAAUACUGAGAGUCAGGCUAAGUGCCCUCUGCUACCUCACCCAGACAGUCUUGAGAUCCAUCACCCUAACCUUAGCAAGCUGUUUGAGCAGAGACUGAAUCUGACUUGGUUCUUACUGAUAUCCACAGAUAAAUGCUCCAGCGAAGGUCACGCAAUAGAGAUCAGGCGCAGAAUUUUGACUGUUGAUCUACCAAUCCCUAGAUGUGUAGGCUGUGCAGAUCAAUGUUGUGUUACCGUGACAACCCAGCACAGAACAGUGAUCAAACUGGAGGCAUUUCUGGCCAUUCAUGAUUCAGAACCAUGCUAAAUGGUGUAUUCACCAACUUAGCAUCAGGCAAGAUCAUAGAACUCCACUGUGACCAAUUCUUGAGUUGGAUGAAUAGUCCUCAGACUUUUGGAUACAUCAACUAUGACGUACAGAAAAACAGGUUAUCUAUCUGACAUGUGAUGUCAGCAUUUAAGGGAAAGAAAGUUUCUCAAUGUACAAAACUUAGAAAAAGAUAAUAUAUAUUUGCCCAAAUAGUAUGUUAACUCAGUGCAUAGGUAUUUAUUUUUUUUAAAUCUGCAUGUAGAAAAUUUUCUGCAUUAAUAUGUAAGCAUCAUGUUUCUUAUUUUGUAUGUUGGGUUUUAUUCCUUCCAUUUCUAUUUCUUUCCAUUUCUAUAUCUUCCCUCUCAAAUAAAUGGUUGCCUUCAUUGGAUGGCAGAACAGGGGCUGAGAGAGGCAAAGGAUGUAUCUGCAGAGACUGCCUAAACUCAUUCUCUGGUGGCAAAUAAGUUAAUUUAAUGGGCUUACCCAAACUUGAACUUGCAGCUGCAUUGUUGGAACCUCGGAGCACUGUCACUAGGACCCCAGCCUUGUCUCCUUAGUUCUCUUCAUUGUUUCUUUUGUUCAGGGGUUAAUUCUAUCUCCCUUUCAAUUUCCCUCAUCCUCUUCUCCAAAUAUUGCCUCCUGCUAGCGUUCAGAUCCAUGGCCUGGUUGCUCCCAACACCUCGCCCAAAUGGCCAUUACUCAUUUGCUGAUCCUAGACUGUAUGUUAACAAACUGUUGCACUAUGGAGGUUAUCCUAGCUGAGCCAAGUCCUGAUCCUAUCCUCUGCCAGUGUCCACUUUCCAAAAACGAAUAAUGGCAUUUAGCAAGAGUAUGCCAGUCAACCCCCUUGAGCCUGCUUCGCCAUUUAGUAAAAUCAUGGUUGGUUUUUCUACCUCAACUCUACUUUCCUGCCAUAUCAUUGGACUCCCUUAGUACAGUAUUCAAAAAUCUAUUUAUCUCUGUCUUGAAUAUUCUCAGCACCCUCUGGGGUAGAGAAUUCCAAAGAUUGACAACCACUUGAGUGAAGAAAUUUCUCCAUCUCAGUCCUAAUAGGGAGGGCCCUGUUAUUCUGAAACUGACCCUGAGUUUUAGAUUCUCCAGCCAGGAGAAACAUUCUCCCAGCACCUACCCUGUCAAGUUCCUUAAAAAAUUCAUAUAUUUAAAUAAGAUAAUCUCUCAUUCUUGUAAACAUUAGGGAAUAUAGGCUUAAUCUACUCAAUCUCUCACCAUCCCAGGAAUUAAUCAAUUAGACCUUUAUUGUACGCCCUCUAAGGCAAGUAUAUUCUUCUCUACAGAAGGAGAUCAAAAUUGUACACAGUCCACCAGGUGUGAUCUCACCAAGGUACUGUACAAUUGCCGUAUGACCUCUUCACUCAGAGGUCACUGGAAAAUGAUGAGGAACAGGGAAUUCUCGCUGUCUGUCUUCCCUUCCCUUCCUUAAGGUCCCUGAAGCUCCAAUUGUUGCCCCAAAUAAGAUCAGUUAAUGCAGCACAACUAGGAGUUCACAUUGUGUACUCAUUUAUUAAUUUGAGUGUGUCCAAAUAGCAGGGGAAGAAAGUUUUUCACAGUCCACAAGCUCUGAAGACAUGAAAUAAUUCACCAGUGACACUUAUAUUUUUAGCACCAGGAACUUAAGACACUUGCAGUUCUUCUCUUCAUAAUGACACCGGUACUUAAAACAACAGUCCAACACCUCCACUGAGGAUGUUUUCACAAUUGUCCUAAAAUAAAACCAGGAAACGUUGGAAAUACAAAGCAGCAGAAGAGAAAGGGCAGGCUAAUUUCCCAGCUUGAACCUUUCAUCAGAAUUAGUAUUCUGAGGAAUUGCUUCCACUCCAAAGUAUUGCCCUCUUUUAGAAUCAGACUGACAUGCUGCAUGUUUCCAGUAUGUUUUCUUCCAGACAAGGAACAACUCCUGCAAAAAAUGGAAGGAGCCUCCAUGCCUCUCCUUUUUCACUAAAGACACAAUGAAUAGUUUACACGGUCCCGCACACCCCCCCUCCCCCACAUCCUUGUCACUGAUUCUAGAGAAAAAUGAUCACUUAGCAGAUUCCAAGGUUAAAGAAGUAAAAGAUUUUGUGCACCAAAACUUAAUAACUCACUAAAGGAUUUCUUUUUUUGGUACACUCUUGGUACUUAGGGGAAGAAUCAAAGCCCUUUCUACCGGACACAAUUAAACUUAUUUUUUAAAAAAAGGUAGGGGAAAAGAUGAAAUAAAUCAGGGGGAUUAACUUAAAUUUGAAAGCUUUUAUAGGUUAUAGAAGAAAGCAGGUGAGGAAUUCCAUAGUUUGGAGAUUCUGGGAAAGUGAGUUGAGAGCGUGGUGUUUAAUAUUGCAAGUGGUUUGUUAUUGCUGCAGAAUCUACAUUUUUACUGUCUUCGGGACUUUGGCUCUAAAUUGCAUGGUUACCACAAUCAUAGGAUCUUACAUUAUAACAAAUCAUUUGCCUUAGUCAUGAGUAUUGCUUUCAGUACAAGGAAGAUUGUAGGUGAAUGUCUGAAAGUUUUUUUUAGUUAUUCAUUCAUGGGAUGUGGACGUCAUUGGCUAGGCCAGCAUUUGAUGCCCAUCCCUAAUUGCCCUUGAACUGACCUUGCUAGGUUAUUUCAGAGGGCCAGUAUA